UGUAGCUGUCAUUCUAUUAUUCGCUUCUAUGGUGCUUUAACCAAAUUUUAUAACUUUUGCGGCUUUAAUCGAGAAUUGUUUAGAAUAUUGAAAAAAAUAUUAUAAAAUAUAAAUAAAACGUAGAAUAUAACAAUAAUGGCAAACGUUGAAUCAAUGAUAGUUGAAGAAAAGUCUCAUAUUAAACCUGUGGAUCGUGAAAAGACAUGUCCACUACUGCUGCGAGUUUUCUGCUCCACCGGCCGACAUCAUUCCGUAUCCGAGUACAUGUAUGGCAAUGUACCAAGCAACGAACUGCAAAUUUAUACCUGGCAAGAUGCUACACUACACGAGCUCACCUCCUUGGUGCGCGAUGUUAAUCCUGAUACACGUAAAAAAGGAACUUACUUCGACUUUGCUAUAGUUUUCCCUAACUUUCGAAAUAACCACUAUUCGAUGCGAGAAAUUGGUGUUACUUGUACAGGCCAGAAAGGUGCAGAUGAUACUAAAACUCUAGCCCAGGCUAAAUUUUGCAUUGGGGACUUUCUAGAUAUUUCUAUAACUCCACCUAACCGCUUGCCGCCCAUACGUCGCCAGCGGCCAUACUAAGGAGACUCUCCCGAUGUUCUCAACGUAACUGUAAUGCAGUUUUAAUAAUUUUUAUAUUAAGGUACUUUACAUAACGUUAUUUAAAUUACAUAUGCUUUUGUAAAAAAAAAAUGAAGAUUGUAUGAACACUACCUCGAUGUCAAAAGGGUAAACAGUUUACAAAUUUGUUGCUAAAAACUAAAAUCGUCAGAGAAGUAAAUACAAUCAAAUAAAAAAAA